GCCGCGGCCGGGCCGCUCGCGCGCUGUCUCCGCCGUUCCUCGGCCGCCCCCGGCGCUCGCGGAGCCCCGGCAGCCGGGCAUGGUGAGGCGAUGCCGCGCUCGCCGGCCUCCAGCGAGGAGGAGGAGGGCGCGCGGGGCUCCGAGUACCCCGAGGCCGAUUCGGACUCCGGGAGCUCCCGCGAGGGCGCCCCCGGCCCCAACCCCGCCCCCGCCCGGGGACCCCCCCGGGGCCCGGCCCGGCCCCCGCCCGAGGAUCAUUUCAGCAUGAUGGUGUUCCGCAUCGGCAUCCCCGACCUGCACCAGACGAAGUGCCUGCGCUUCGACCCGGGCGCGGCCGUGUGGGCGGCCAAGCAGCAGCUGCUCUGCGCGCUGACCGAGGGGCUCCACGACGGCCUCAACUACGGCCUCUUCCAGCCGGCGGCCGCCGGCCGCGACGCCAAGUUCCUGGACGAGGAGCGCCCGCUGCGCGAUUACCCCCAGAGCUUCGACCAGGGCGUGCCCUACCUCGAGGUGGGCGUGGUCUGGGGUGCGGGAGGGGCGUGGUCACCGUGGGUGUGGUCCUAGGGGCGUUUGUGGGGGGAGGAGUUGGGUAAAUGCGGCGGAUUUGGGGUUAAAUUUAGGUAGGGUGGGCGUGGCCGUGGGCUUGGGGGAGGUCAUGGGGGCGUGGUCACCGUGGGUGUGGUCCUAGGGGCAUUUGUGGGGGGAGGAGUUGGGUAAAAGUGGCGGAUUUGGGGUUAAAAUAAUGCAUGGUAGGCGUGGCCUGUUAGUUGGUGGGCGUGGUCACUGUGGGGGUGGUCCCUGGGGGUCAUAGUGGUCAGUUUGGGGUGGGGUAGAUUGGGAAAAUUUUGGGUAAGAACGGCGGAUUUGGGGUUAAAAUAAUGCACGGUGGGCGUGGCCUAACUCGAGGUGGGCGUGGUCACUGUGGGUGUGGUCCUGGGGGCGUUUGUGGGGGGAGGAGUUGGG